AUGGGUGAGAGUGUCUCACGCCGGUCUACCACGCCGGGAAAGGCUUGGAAGCACACUUCCUGGAUCCUGUUGACGGCACAGUAUACUGCUUUCGUUCUGUUAGCGCAUUAUUCUCGGAUUAUGCCACCAACUGGCGGCAAGCGAUAUCUCACAUCGACCGCCGUCUUCUUCAACGAAGUCGUCAAACUCGCCGUUUCCCUGACGGUAGCACUGUACGAAGUCUCGAGGUCGGCUCCACCAUCGGUCCCCGCGACAUCGCUCCUUUCCUCCCUCACAGCGACCGUGUUUUCGGGCGACAGCUGGAAGCUCGCUAUUCCGGCGAGCUUAUAUACCUUGGCCAACUCGCUGCAAUACAUCGCGCUCUCGAACCUACAGGCUGCGACAUUUCAGGUAUCCUACCAGUUGAAGAUAUUCGUGAGCUCGGUCUUUGGCUUGAUACUCCUCGGGAGGAGCAUUCCGCUGCGCAAAUGGGGUCUGCUGUUGGUUCUGUUGAUUGGUGUUGGUCUCAUUCAGAUUUCGAAUGCUCGGCCGGACGAGUUCUCGCUAGAGAAUGCAGCUGCUCAUUUCGAUUUCCCUCGGUCUUUGGAGGAGUGGAAAUCAGUUCAGUUGGAGGGCCGGAGUCUUCAUAAACGAUCGGCUACCUACGAGGGCAUCGAGGAGGAUAUCUUGACCGCAACCCCGCGAUUGAACGGGGCAGUUGGUGUCCUCGCUACCCUCGGCGCCUGUGCAGCUUCGGGACUUGCUGGUGUGUAUUUUGAAAAAGUGCUCAAGGAUAGUGCAAAGCAUACGUCUCUCUGGGUCCGCAACGUGCAGCUCGCGGUCUACUCCAUCUUCCCCGCGCUGUUUAUUGGCGUUGUGUUUUUGGAUGGCGAGACAAUUGCCAAUGGUGGGAUUUUCGACGGCUACAACUGGGUUGUCUGGUCUACCAUUAUCAUUCAGGCUUUUGGAGGGAUUGCGACAUCUUUCUGCGUGGGACCUGCGCACGCGGAUACCAAGAACCUCGCCUCGGCUACGAGUAUCAUUUUCACUUCUCUGGGCAGCAUCUGGCUGUUUGAGUUUGAGCCGACAAUUACUGUGAGUUUACCCUUUCGACUGGUAUAUCAUGCAUCUAACAGAAAAUCAGUUUCUUGUUGGCACCUUUGCGGUCUUGGUGGCCACCUAUCUCUGCGAGAGUCCGAGUGCAGGCAAGCGCCAAGGCCCUCGCCCACCCCCGAUUCGCGUCGAACGCUUCGAAAAGGAGAGCAAGAGUGA